AAUGCGCAUGCACACGUCCUCCAAAUUUGUCCUGAAUGUCAACCUUGGCGCCGACAACGACGACCCCGCACACGAUCUCAGACCAAAAACGCCCGGACAGAUCGAAAUUGACGUCAGUGACUUCCAUACGAGACUCGAGACAAGCAUCACGAACCGGAUUGAGGCCCACGCCGGGCGACGUCAAAGGCGAUCCUACGCAUCAUGGCCAAGAAGCCCAUGCGCCUGCCGCCACUGCGCGUGCUGCGGGUGCGCAACCCAAAUAAACAAGAGGGCAAUCCCUGUAUUACGGUCAUGUCCUCAGUAUUGGCAUGCUGGGCGUCAACAGGAUACGCUUCAUCCACAUGCUCCGGCGUCGAGCAGGCAUUGCGCGAAUGCAUGGACGGACCGAAACCGCCACCCAAGAAGAAGAACAACAUCAACUUCCACCUGUCGAGAUUCCAAAAAUAUCUUGAGGGCAACAGCAAGAAAUAAGAGAACAACCAGCCGUUUUACACUUUCGCACGGUUCUUACUAGGGCGCUUCUCGGAGCCUCUUUGCAUGAGAUACAAGACUGGACUUGUGUUCGGAACGCAGCGAGAGGGACGAGACAGUUUUCACUGCUCGAGGCUCCCAUCAACUAGGGCUCGUGUUUCGACCCACCAGCAAGCAUCAACAUAAGGUACGAGGAUGCGACCACGAUCGGCGAGCAUGAGCACCGGAGGAAUGGUGGCGACCAGGGCUUGGCUUUUUAGGUCAGCUACAGGGGACUACAUGAUCCACAGGACUCAUGCAAUACACACGUCAGUCGCCAGCAUAUAUCAGGAUCCCAGGGAUGAUGGCACAUAUGUUCCACAAUCUAUGUAUAACUCGUAUAAAGGUGCAAAGAUAGAAACCUCGAUGGCUCCAUAGCGUGGAGCAAUUUUCAAGCCG